AUUAAUACUGACUAAAAGCCUGACUUGAAAUUGCGUAUGCGUGUGCCAGCGCCUGCAUGUGUGUGUGUUUUGGAAUGUGGCCCUGCACGAAAUUCAAAUAGUGACCAUCCUUGAAAGUUGCACUUUUGCGCUUGCGAGAUGGACGAGCAUACACUGAACGACCUGUUGGAGUGCUCUGUGUGCCUAGAGCGAUUGGACACCACUUCGAAAGUGCUUCCAUGCCAGCACACCUUCUGCCGCAAGUGCUUGCAGGACAUUGUGGCCAGCCAGCAUAAGCUACGCUGUCCAGAAUGUCGCAUCUUGGUUUCUUGCAAAAUCGAUGAGCCCCCGAACGUCUUGCUAAUGCGAAUCUUGGAAGGCAUGAAACAAACGGCAGCAGCUGGAAAAGUUGACGGAAAGGGCGAGGAGGUCGAAUCGCAGCCGGAGAAGCCACAAGCUAAGUCUUCAGUGGAGUCCACGGCCUCGUCUGCCAACCAAAUCCUUCAGCAGCAACCACUUCAGAAUUCCCAGCAGCCAGCCCGGCACAGACAGCGCCGUUUUCUACUUCCCCACGCCUAUGCUCUCUUCGACUUCGCCUCCAGCGAAGCCAGUGAUCUGAAGUUCAAGAAGGGAGAUCUCAUAUUGCUUAAGCAUCGCAUUGACAACAACUGGUUUUUGGGCCAGGCGAAUGGCCAAGAGGGCACCUUCCCUAUCAACUACGUUAAGGUGUCGGUACCGCUGCCCAUGCCACAGUGCAUCGCCAUGUACGACUUUAAGAUGGGGCCCAACGACGAAGAGGGCUGUUUGGAGUUCAAAAAGAGCACCGUAAUCCAUGUCAUGCGCCGCGUGGAUCACAAUUGGGCAGAAGGUCGCAUAGGCCAAACCAUUGGAAUCUUUCCUAUAGCUUUUGUAGAGCUGAAUGCAGCGGCGAAGAAGUUGCUGGAUAGCGGGGUCAUUAACCUUUCACAGUGCCAUCUGCCGCAGCAACAGGGGCAGCGGGCUCUUCCACCGGUUCCUGUUAUUGAUCCCACCGUAGUCACGGAGUCCAGUUCGGGAUCCUCGAGCACCACGCCGGCGAGCAGUAACUCCAGCUCCACGUCCAGCUCCAACAAUUGCAGUCCAAAUCACCAGUCGUCGCUGCCAAACACUCCUCAGCAUGUGGUAGCGUCUGGAUCGGCGUCUGUUCGUUUUCGGGACAAAGGAGCCAAGGAAAAACGGCACUCACUGAAUGCUUUGCUGGGAGGAGGCGCUCCUUUAAGUUUGCUGCAGACCAAUCGUCAUUCGGCCGAGAUUUUAAGUUUGCCGAACGAAUUGAGCCGCUUGGAGAUGACCAAUACGGCGGCUCCCAAGCCGGCGUCAGUCAUGCAAACUUCCCGGGUUCUCAAAACAAAUGUUCAGCAGCAGAUGCCACCGAAUCUGCCCUGGGGGUACUUGGCUCUGUUCCCGUAUAAACCACGCCAAACAGAUGAGCUAGAGUUGAAGAAGGGAUGCGUUUACAUAGUGACCGAACGAUGUGUAGACGGUUGGUUCAAAGGCAAGAACUGGUUGGAUAUUGCCGGAGUGUUUCCGGGCAACUAUUUAACGCCAUUGCGCACCCGCGACCAGCAGCAGUUGAUGCACCAGUGGAAAUAUGUUCCCCAAAGCUCAGAUGCCCAGCAGACGAACCCACAUCAGCAGCAAGUUGCCUCAGAUGUCCGGCUCACCAACAUGCUACCCAUGCAGCCACCUGAUUUGCCGCCCCGCCAACAGCAGACCACCGCCAUAACCACCAGUUGUUCCGUCUGGACUAAGCCAGUGGAGACGCUUUUUAGCAGAAAGUCGGAACCGAAACCAGAAAGUGGCAAUGCCACAAGCAGCAGUUCUUCGGGAGCAGUGGGUCUUAUGCGGCGCUUAACCCAUAUGAAAACCCGCUCCAAAUCCCCGGGGGCACCGCUUCAGCAAGGUUGCAAGGAAAUUAGUGUGGAAACCACUACUGAACCAGCAGCUAAAUUACACCCAGUGCAUGUGAGAUCCGGUUCGUGCCCCAGUCAACUGCAGCACAGCCAAUUAACUAAUGAAACUCCAACAACGAAGGCAGCGCCCCAACAGCAGCAGUUUUUGUUCAAACAAAUGCCUGGCCCCACAAAUAGCAGUGUUUCGUACGGAUCGCAACGUGUCAAAGGCAAUAAAGAUCGGCCUCAAUUAAUUUGCGCAAGGCAAUCUUUGGAUGCAGCCACAUUUCGGAGCAUGUACAGCAACACCGCGUCACCUCCGCCACCUGCCUCUUCGGUGGCCCCAGUUAUCUAUACAGGUGGACAGCAGCUAGCGCUCCCUGGAGGAGGACCUCAGUCCCAGUUGCAUGCUAACAUGAUCAUUGCACCAAGCCAUCGAAAGUCGCACAGUCUGGACGCUGGCCAUGUGUUGAGUCCCAGUAGCAAUGUGAUCACCGAGGCAGCCAUUAAGGCCAGUGCCACAACUAAGUCGGCUUACUGCACCAGGGAAAGUCGCUUCCGUUGCAUCGUGCCCUAUCCACCGAACAGCGACAUCGAACUGGAGCUGCAUUUGGGCGACAUCAUAUAUGUGCAACGCAAGCAGAAGAAUGGCUGGUACAAGGGCACGCAUGCCCGCACUCACAAAACCGGACUGUUUCCCGCCUCCUUCGUUGAACCCGAUUCCUAGGUGGCCUUCAGACAAAAUGGAAUUUAUUUUACGAAAUUUAAAAUAACAUAUUUGUCAAAAUUGAUUCAAUCGCCGGUCGAUACGGGCUUCCAUUUCGCCAUCUCCUACUUAAAAAAAAAAAGAAAUUGUACUCUUGCAUUCGAUUAGGCAGUCCGCUCUUCGUACUUUUAUACGAUCCCUAAUCAAAAUAGGCUAAACAAGUCUUAAGAAAAAGUUACUUAAGUUCUAGCAAUUAGUUAGCUAGAUAAACCAUCUAACCGAUUCCUGUGCCCGCUACGAAGUUAUUUGUAAUAUAGGAUUUUGAGUAAUAA